ACGUAGUAUACGAUCAAUUUCUCCUAUUAUAACACUUAUUAAGCACUUUACUAACAUAUUAUUAUAUCGUAUUGCUAUAUAUAUUGCAAGCUAUCAUUAUGCCGCUGUUCAAGAAGUUCGUAGAACCCGGGCGGUUGUGCCUGAUUACGUACGGGCCUGACGCUGGCAAGCUGUGCGUGAUCGUAGAUAUUGUAACAAACACGAGGAUAUUGGUUGACGGUGGUAUGAUUACAGGUGUUGAGCGCCAACAGAUUCCUGUGACCUGGAUUAAAUUGACUGACACCAAGAUAACCCUUAACCGUGGUGCUAAGACUGGAACUGUGGGCAAGGCUGUUAAGAAGUUCGACGCUCUUAACGCUUUCAAGCAGACACCAUUGGGAAAGAAGCUCGAGAUCGCCGAAAGACGCAAAAACCUUACAGACUUUGAGCGUUUCAAGCUCAGUGUUGCCCAGAAGGAAAGGCGUAGGUUGAUGAGAGAGGCGGGUGCCGGUGAGGCUUAACGUUGCGACUCAUUGCUCCGCUAACCUUGAGUGUACUUUCAACGUAAUAUUAUACGUGCGAUUAUUUAU